AUAUAUAUCUUUUAACAUUUAAAUAUCGUGAUUGAGAAGAUUUUUUUCACCUACUUUUCAAACAUUCAAAAGAAAGCAAACUUCGCCGGAGGUGCCGAUGGCUGAACCGUCGACGAAAUCCGACCGGCCGAGCUUAUCUUCUAGCUCCGGUGAAGUAUCCGUGAGCGUUGAGAAGGAAAAUGACAGUAAUACUGCCGGUGCUGGUGGUGGUACGGCUGCUGACGUGGACAGUAGUGAGGCAGUUGCUGCUUCAGUUUCCAAUGGCGGUACUGAUUCUUCAGGGACCCCUGGGAUGGGACUUACAAGAGUAAAUACAUUGCCUCUAGAGAUUUUGAGUUCUGAGAAGCCACAAGCACCUUCAGAUCAUGUUAAGUUGGGAAGAUCAAAAACUGAGACACCGACACAUGGUAGCGGAUUUGUUCAAGAGGCAGCAAAAAUUUUUGAUAAUAAAAUUUCUGAACAACAGAAGCUCAAAUUGUUGAAGAGAAUAGCUACUGUCAAAGAUGAUGGUACUGUGGAAUUUGAAAUCCCGGGUGAUGUUGAAACCACCGAAGUGGUUGGAACUGGAUCUGAAAGUGUACAUACUGCAGUUGAGGAUGAACCUCUUGAUGCGACAGAACUUCAAUAUUUUCCACCUAUGCAGAUUGUAAUACUUAUUGUAGGAACACGUGGUGACGUGCAGCCCUUUACUGCAAUUGGCAAGCGUCUGCAGGAUUUCGGCCAUCGAGUGAGGUUGGCGACCCAUGCAAAUUUCAAAGAGUUUGUCUUGACUGCUGGAUUGGAAUUCUAUCCCCUUGGGGGUGAUCCAAAAAUUUUGGCUGGAUACAUGGUAAAAAACAAAGGAUUCUUACCUUCCGGACCUUCAGAAAUCCCUGUUCAGAGAAAUCAGAUGAAGGAGAUUAUAUACUCUCUACUUCCAGCCUGCAAAGAACCUGAUAUGGAUACAGGAGUUCCCUUCAAAGCAGAUGCAAUUAUUGCUAAUCCCCCAGCAUAUGGGCAUGUACAUGUUGCAGAAGCAUUGCAAAUCCCAAUUCAUAUAUUUUUCACAAUGCCAUGGACGCCAACUUCUGAAUUUCCUCAUCCUCUGUCCCGUGUUAAGCAACCAGCUGGAUAUAGGCUAUCAUAUCAGAUUGUUGACUCCUUGAUAUGGCUAGGAAUACGUGACAUGAUAAAUGAUCUUAGAAAGAAAAAACUGAAACUACGACCAGUCACAUACUUAAGUGGUUCACAAGGCUCUGAGUUGGAUAUACCACAUGCAUAUAUUUGGAGUCCUCAUCUUGUUCCUAAACCAAAAGAUUGGGGACCUAAGAUUGAUGUGGUGGGAUUUUGCUUCCUUGAUCUUGCGACGGGUUAUGAACCUCCAGAAUCACUUGUUAAUUGGCUUGAAGCUGGUCCAAAGCCCAUAUACAUUGGGUUUGGUAGUCUUCCUGUUCAAGAUCCACAGAGAAUGACUGAGACAAUUGUUAAAGCACUCGAAAUCACUAAUCAAAGGGGAAUCAUUAAUAAAGGAUGGGGUGGCCUUGGAAACUUGGCGGAACCAAAAGAUUUUGUGUAUUUGCUCGACAACUGUCCCCAUGAUUGGCUUUUCUUACAGUGUGCCGCAGUGGUGCACCACGGGGGUGCUGGAACAACUGCUGCUGGUCUUAAAGCUGCGUGUCCAACAACUAUUGUCCCUUUCUUUGGUGACCAGCCAUUUUGGGGGGAAAGGGUGAAUGCCAGAGGUGUAGGCCCUCUACCCAUACCAGCUGAUCAGUUUACACUUGACAAGCUGGUCCAUGCAAUCAGAUUCAUGCUUAAUCCACAGGUAAAGGAGCAGGCGAUUGAGCUAGCCAAAGCUAUGGAGAACGAAGAUGGGGUCACUGGAGCAGUAAAAGCCUUCUUUAAGCAGCUACCACGCAAUAAAACUGAGCCUGAGCUAUUGCCUAAACCAACAAGUGCCUUUUCAAUAAGAAGCUGCUUUGGGUGUUCCUAGACCUGAGUGGUAAAAGAUGUCCUAUGUGCCCUUGUUUUUGUGUAUUUUUUUCUAGUAACUAUUGUAUCCCAUUGUUGUAAUUAUGUAUUAUUUAUACAUUUUACCGGUGCUCUUAUGCCAGUAAGAAAUAAUGACCCGUUCCAUGACGACCCCAACUUGCUUGAGAUUGAGACGUAAUUGUUGUAAUCAUCACUCUUCCUUGAGUUCACUUGUAAACGCAUUCCUUCCCCCAAAAUGCUACCAACUGUAUAUCAUCUAAGAAGAAUCUGGGUUUGUAAUGACCAUUCCAAAUUUUCCUGGAAUUUAUCCUCA